AUGGCUUCUCGCAGCGGUCGGCGUGGAGAGGCGGCUGAGCCCCAAGCUCUGCAUCAGCUCGGUGUCCAGGGCCGGAAAACGGGCGUGUCCCUAGCUAAGACAGACAAAAUUGACGACCAGGGAUUCCAGCCGCUCGACAGCAUCUUCUCGUCACCGCAACAGCAAGACGAUGAAAGCGAAGACGAGGACGAGGACGAGGACGAGGAGGGGGAUGAAGAGGGGGAUGAGCAUGAUGACAACAACUCGGGCAGUGAGGAGAUGGAGAUUGCCUCCAGCGCUGGCCCCGGACCACAGACAGUUCUCCGAGGCCAACGUAACUUCCAGUACCUCCCCCGAAGUCGCUCCCCGGUAAAGACGAGCCUUCAGUCACCGGCGCGCCAUAGCCCUUUAUUAGACCGCAUAUCACCAACACGCGAAGAUCGAGUCUCGCGCAAGCUUGACUUUAAUGGCAGGAUGUCCGGACGAGGUGUAUCGAACGGAACAAAUGGUGUGACGCCGGUUGGGGAAGAACCCGACGAGCCAGAGUCAGAGCCAGUGGGGGAGGAGGAGGAGCCACAGCCGGUGCCCUACGAUGACGAUGACGAACCUCCAAUGCCUACAGACGACCAAAACGACUACCCAGCGUUCGACGACCCCCCACCCCCAAUGGAUGACAAUGUCGACUACGGACCCCAAAUAAUUGGCGCGCCCGAAUACGACGAUGACUACGUUGCAGAACAAGAGGAGGUACCGCCAUCACCCGAGCCAGUCAAGCGAAGUCAACCACUCCAGAAAGGCAAGCAGCCGGUGCCAACAGCAGCAAAUGAUGCAGCGGUAUCUAGGAAACGACCGCCCCCCAGGGAACCAUCCGUCGCGCCAGAACCGACGCCCCAGGCCAAGCGCCAACGAGCAUCUAAGGAGCCGCAGCCGCGGGAGACAUCACGAGCGCCAUCACAAGCGCCAUCACACGCACCACUACGAGCGGGGUCACAUGCGCCAUCCCGGGGAGCAUCACAUGCGCCCUCGCUCCCCAUACCCAGCUCGGCCAAGAAACUAUCUGUGCAGGCACCGGAACCGCCCAAGCGCAGAGGCAGGGGCCGUCCACCGGGCCGCAAACCAAAGCCACCGGUCCGCCGACCGGAAGAAGAGGAAGACGAUGACGAAGGGGCAGGCGAAGCGUCAUUCAUGGCUCUGCAAAAAGGGCCACCUAUGCCGAAGCGUCGCGGGCUAGUAUCCAUGCGACGCGGGCAGGACACGAUACUCCAGACGCGCUCGGGUCGGAACUCAUACCGCCCGCUGAACUGGUGGGCAGGUGAGCAGGUGAUCACGGAGGACGAGGAACGGCGCGACAUGUUCACCAGCGACCGCGGAUUCGUUCUGGGAUCGAUGAAGGAGAUUGUCCGCAUAACCGAUGAGGACGAGAAGGAGGAGGAGCAGAGGCGUCGUGCGAAGCGUCGCGGACGGGGCCGACCGCCCAAGGCCAAGAAGACCGGCGGCAGCAGCAGGCGAACAGCGGAGUCAGAGUCAGACGACGAUGGCAAGCAGGCCGAGGAGCCGCCCGAGGAGUGGGAGACGAACGAGGGCACGGUGAUGGGCGAGGUCAUCGCCUGGGAACCAGAGUACGAGACCCAUCCGCCCGGCGACGACGACCACGUCCAUAUCAGCGAGGAGCAGAUUGCUAUGUCGGCCAGCGCGGCGCAGACGCGCGAGAUCCGCGACGCGACAUUCCGCUUCGCCAAGACGCUCACCAUGCCGUUCAUGGGUGCAGGUGUUGUCGACCUGCCCCCCGGAUCAGAGAAGAGGCCCAAGAACUCGAGGAAGAUGCACAUGGUGUUCUUCGUGCAUUACGGGAAAGUCGCCGUCACCGUGAAUGAGGGGCAGUUUCGUAUAUCUGCUGGGGGGCAGUGGUUUGUCCCAAGAGGCAACUACUACAGCAUAACAAACGACUAUCAGACACCAGCGCGCAUCUUCUUCGCCCAGGCAUGUGAAGUUCUCGCCGAGCAAUAUGACACAACGCAGCAGUCUAUGAUGUUGCCGACGGAAUCAUGA